CCACAACUGUUUGGGCCUGUCCAUACCUGACAGAUUGUUACAUAAAAUAAUAAUCUGUCACGGAUCUCCCGCUUCUCUCUCUUUCACCUCCCCCACCGGCCACCACCCACCCCAUAUAUAAUUGAAGCAGAUUGAGAAGAUUCAAUGAUCAUUUCCAUUUUCCUAUAUGUGGGUUUGUCUGCAUACACGUACUAUUCAUAAUACAUACAGUAACUUUUAGAUAAGAAAAGACUAUUCAUAUAGUUGGAUCCAACUCUUAAAUUAGUUUGAGAUUGAGUUAUACUUGGUUGUAUGUACGAUCUCAAACUAAUUUGAAAUUGAGGCGUAUGGAGAACCAAGUUGACAUAGAGAAUGAAGGAGGGAUGGUGGAGGAAGAGAAAAUAGAAUUGGAGAGAAAUUUUUCGACAAUUUCAGAAAGUGGGAUAAGAGAGCCUUUGCUUAAUUCCAAGAGCAGAGUCAACAACACCUCUCAAAUCGCUAUUGUUGGAGCCAAUGUUUACCCCAUUGAAAGCCUCGACUACGAGAUUGUAGAAAAUGACCUUUUCAAGCAAGACUGGAGAUCUAGGAAAAAGGUCCAGAUAUUUCAAUAUAUAUUUCUCAAGUGGACUCUUGUGCUUCUCAUUGGAUUAAGUACUGGCCUUGUUGGUUUCUUUAAUAACAUAGGAGUGGAAAAUAUUGCUGGUUUCAAGCUACUGCUAACUAGCAACUUAAUGCUUGAAGGAAAAUAUUUCCGGGCAUUUGCUGCUUUUGCGGGUUGCAAUGUGGUUCUUGCAACUUGUGCUGCGGCCCUCUGUGCACUUAUUGCACCUGCAGCUGCAGGGUCUGGGAUACCUGAAGUAAAAGCAUAUCUAAAUGGUAUCGAUGCUCAUUCCAUAUUGGCUCCAAGUACAUUACUUGUCAAGAUUUUUGGUUCCAUUUUGGGUGUUGCUGCUGGAUUUGUUGUUGGCAAGGAAGGACCCAUGGUCCAUACUGGUGCUUGCAUAGCAAACUUACUUGGACAAGGGGGUUCCCGCAAGUAUCAUUUAACUUGGAACUGGCUAAAAUACUUCAAAAACGACCGUGAUCGUAGGGAUUUGAUCACUUGUGGUGCUGCUGCUGGUGUCGCAGCUGCUUUCCGUGCCCCAGUUGGAGGAGUCCUUUUUGCUCUUGAAGAAAUAGCAUCAUGGUGGCGAAGUGCUUUACUUUGGAGGACUUUCUUCACAACUGCUGUCGUUGCUAUGGUGCUCAGAUCUCUCAUACAAUUCUGUCGCAGUGGGAAAUGUGGACUAUUUGGGCAAGGAGGUUUGAUAAUGUUUGAUGUCAAUUCAGGAGUAUCUAAUUACAACACAAUAGAUGUAUUGGCAAUAAUUUUAAUUGGAGUACUUGGAGGCCUUUUGGGAAGCCUUUAUAACUAUCUUGUCGACAAGGUCCUCCGGACUUACAGCGUCAUUAAUGAGAGAGGUGCUGCUUUCAAGAUCUUGCUUGUCAUGACUGUUUCUAUCCUGACUUCUUGUUGCUCUUAUGGCCUACCAUGGCUGGCAAGGUGCACCCCUUGUCCUGCCGGCUUGGAGGAGAAAUGCCCAACUAUAGGUCGCUCUGGAAGCUACAAGAAUUUCCAGUGUCCACCAGGGCAUUACAAUGAUCUCGCAUCCCUCUUUCUGAACACCAAUGAUGAUGCCAUUCGCAAUUUGUUUAGUUCAAAUAAUUCAAACGAAUUUCACAUCUCUUCACUUCUUGUCUUCUUUGCUGGGGUAUAUUGCCUUGGCAUUAUCACUUAUGGAAUUGCUAUUCCUUCUGGACUUUUCAUUCCUGUCAUACUUGCUGGAGCCUCCUAUGGGCGUAUUUUUGGCAGAGCCUUGGGUUCGUUGUCCAAUCUUAAUGUUGGCCUGUUUUCGCUACUUGGUGCUGCUUCUUUCCUUGGUGGUACCAUGAGAAUGACAGUAUCAAUUUGUGUCAUACUCCUUGAGCUCACAAACAAUCUAUUAAUGCUUCCAUUGGUGAUGCUUGUUCUUCUCAUAUCAAAAACUGUGGCCGAUAGUUUUAACAAGGGUGUGUAUGACCAAAUUGUGAAAAUGAAAGGCUUGCCUUUCUUGGAAGCUCAUGCUGAACCAUUUAUGAGGCAUUUGGUCGCUGGAGAUGUUUGUUCUGGGCCAUUAUUGUCAUUUUCAGGUGUAGAGAAGGUGGGGAACAUCGUGCAUGCUUUGAAGUAUACUAGGCAUAAUGGAUUUCCUGUGAUUGAUGAGCCACCUUUCUCAGAGGCACCAGAGUUGUGUGGGCUCGUUCUAAGGUCUCAUUUACUUGUCUUGCUCAAUGGAAAGAAAUUCAUGAAACAGCGUGUAUUGAGCGGCUCCAGUAUUUUAAGGAGGUUUCAUGCGUUUGAUUUUGCUAAGCCAGGAUCAGGGAAGGGGCUUAAGUUUGAGGAUCUCGUCAUCACGCAGGAGGAGAUGGAAAUGUAUGUUGAUCUCCAUCCUAUAACAAAUACAUCCCCAUACACAGUAGUGGAAACCAUGUCUCUGGCCAAAGCUGCAAUCCUUUUCCGACAACUUGGACUCAGACACUUGUGUGUUGUCCCAAAGAAAACUGGGAGGGCUCCAAUCGCUGGAAUCUUAACAAGGCAUGACUUCAUGCAUGAACAUAUAUCGAACCUCUACCCGCAUCUCGUCCCCCACAAGUAGCAAGAGAAGUUUGCUCAUUCCACAGGCAAACACGCAGCCUAUUGUGUAUUAUUACUAUUCCUUAUUGUUUUGGUUUCCAGAAUUACUCUCCUUGUAAUUCUUUUGGUCUUCAUGUUUGUAUAACUACGAAUACUCCGAAUUUUUCAUUAUCUAGCUUGUAGUCUAGCUCGAUCAAAGCAGUUCCUGGAGAA